AGGGUUUAACAAAGAGAAGUUUUAGGCCUUUCUUCUUCGAAAAAAGGGAAAUCGAAUUAGCUUGCCGGAGUUCAGAAAAAUGUCGAGACCGGAACUCCUAGCACCGCCGGAAAUUUUCUACAACGAUGAUGAAGCUAGAAAAUAUACCUCAUCUUCUCGAAUUAUUGACAUACAGACACAACUUACAGAGAGAGCAUUGGAGCUCCUUGCUUUACCUGAUGACGGCGUCCCGAGAUUACUUCUUGAUAUUGCAUGGGAAAGUGCCUCAAUGUUUACUGGUGUAGAGUUAUGCAAUUUAGCCACAUUUGCUUGUGCUUCCGAGUGCACUUUGGUGGAAGAGGUCAACAUGUAAACUUGAAAGAUUGGAACUUCUGGAAUUGUUGCACUUAUGGAUCCUACAGCUGUAUCUUUAAAGCAAAGAUGCUUGUUUCUGCAUAUUCAAUUGUUUAAUUUUGAGAUUUCAAACUAAUUUCACCAUAUUCAGUUAAAAGAAAGUGUGAAGGAUAAACAAUGAUGUUUCAUUCUUUCUUGUUUUUCGAAGGUUGCGGAUCAGGUCUAAGUGGGGAGACACUCACUGAGCAGGGACACCAGUGGCUUGGUUUGGAUAUAUCAGAAUCAAUGCUUGAUGUUGCAUUGGAGCGUGAGGUUGAGGGUGAUUUGAUGCUGGGUGACAUGGGUCAGGGCUUAGGGCUUCGAUCUGGUAUUCUGGAUGGUGCCAUCAGUAUCUCAGCUGUGCAGUGGUUGUGCAAUGCUGACAAAUCUUGUCAUGAACCUCGGAUAAGAUUGAAGGCUUUCUUUAGUUCCCUGUACAGAUGUUUGGGAAGGGGAGCGAGAGCAGUACUCCAGAUCUAUCCUGAAAAUCUUGCUCAGAGAGAGCUGAUUCUGGGUUUUGCCAUGCGAGCUGGAUUUUCUGGAGGCAUAGUGGUUGACUACCCACACAGUUCUAAAAGGAGGAAGGAAUACUUAGUUCUUACUUGUGGUCCGCCGUCUCUCAGUACCACUACUCCUGAAGGAAAGGGUGAAGAUGGAGAGAGUUGUUCAGAUGAAGAUAGUAGCGAGGAUGAAGAAAACCAUACAGUUUGCAUAUCUGACAGGCGCAGGCCUAGAAAAAAGCAAAAGGUUAACAAGAAAGGCAAAGGGAGGGACUGGGUUCUGAGGAAGAAAGAACAGAUGAGGAAAAAGGGGAAUGCAGUUCCUGCAGAUAGCAAAUACACUGCACGUAAAAGAAAAGAUCGGUUUUGAUCCAUUAGUAAGAUAUAUUCGGGUUGAUUUAUAUGUUUUCAACAGAACUUCAGCACAAGGAGCUAAAAUUAUUGCUUAUUGACCGAAGUGAGAAGCAAAAAUAUUCUGAUCAAAGACGUUCCUCAGAUUGUUUAAAGAUUCCGGGACAGUUUUGUGAGACCUGAAUAUAAUUUUUCAGCUGAGUUCAAGAGUAAACAAGACGGUCUAUAGUUUCUUGGUUCUUUACAUAUGAUUUUUUUAAAAGUUCGAGGUUGUUUUUCGAUAGAUCACGUACUGUGUAUUUAAAAGUUCGAGGUGUGAUCAACCCCCUUCUGGAGUUGAUCACUGGUUGAGUACUUAUUUUCUUAUGCAGUUGAAAUUGUGUCCAUUUAUCUUUGUAGUGGGGGAUUCAUUGGCAGUU